AUGGAGAGUAUGAAGGGCUUUGAAGGCCAAACAGAAGAUGUUUCAUUUGACCAUAGAAAGGAUAAGGAGCCCCUGGGAGGCGGGGUGCUCCCUGCUCUUAGCCAGGAGCCUAGUCUGGACGAGCAGCGGUCGGGCUUCUGUGGCUCCGCUAAACCUUUGGAGCGUUGCCAGGCUCCGCAGUCCUGGCCUCCGUCGCGAUCUGUCCGGUUGCCAGGUCAGCCCUCCACCCUGCCAGGCUGCCCGCUCCCGUCCUCAGUGACUGUCCUCCACCCCAGUGAGACUCGGCCUGUCCCGAUGCCAUAUUUAAGAGCCUCCGUCCUGAGAAACAUGCUGGACAACAAGCGGGACACCAAAGAGGAGCAGGCAGAAAAAAUUCGAGCGGCCUUUGAGCUCUUUGAGGAGGACGGAAGCAGGACAAUCAGCGUCCGAAACCUCCCGAUCGCCAUGAGGCCUCUGGGCUUCAGACCCGACAGGAAAGAGGUCGAGCAGCUGAAAGCCGAGCUGGACAAGGAGGGGAGCGGCAAAGUCCACUUUAGUGACUUCCUCGCACUGAUGACCAAAAAGAUGGCUGAAAGGAAUGUUGAGGAAGAGAUCCAGAAGGCCUUCCCUUUCUUUGAUGACGAGGACACAGGAACAAUCACCCUGAAAAGCCUGAAACGGGUGGCCUCGGAGCUGGGGGAAAAGGUCAGUGAGGAGGAGCUGCAGGACAUGAUCGAUCACGCUGAUCUAAACGGCGAUGGAGAAGUUGAUCCGCACGAACUCCUGAGUGUCAUCAAAAAAGCCAGGAAGGUUUGA